UGCAGUCUGUGCUUACAGUGAGUUUCUCUGGGCCUCAGCUUCUUCAACUUUAGAACAAAGGGUCUCAAUUCACAGAUGAUCAUGAAGUUCUAUUUCAGCUCUAUUUGAUUCUAUAGUUGGUGUCAUGCAAGAAUCUGUUUACAUUGACUAAGGAUAUUGGAAGAGUGAAGAUCAGAGAAUUUUAAGCCUGAAAUUUGGCAUCACUGCCCUUAACAAUAUAACCUUAGUUGGCGUAAACUACUCCUACAGACAAAGGCAUUAUCCAUCACAUUAAGUAACUUUUUGUAUUUAUUUCAAGUGGACAAUCGUGAUUAGAAAAGCUCCUGUGUCAAAAUUCAAGAAAAUCUGACAUAAAUGAACAACAACACAACAUGUAUUCAACCAUCUAUGAUCUCUUCCAUGGCUUUACCAAUCAUUUACACCCUCCUUUGUAUUGUUGGUCUUUUUGGAAACUCUCUCUCUCAAUGGAUAUUUUUAACAAGAAUAGGUAAAAAAACCUCAACACACAUCUACCUGGCACACCUUGUAACUGCAAACUUACUUGUGUGCAGUGCCAUGCCUUUCAUGGGUAUCUACUUCCUGAAAGGUUUCCAAUGGGAAUAUCAAUCUGCUCAAUGCAGAGUGGUCAAUUUUCUGGGAACUCUAUCAAUGCAUGUAAGUAUGUUUGUCAGUCUCUUAAUUUUAAGUUGGAUUGCCAUAAGCCGCUACGCUACCUUAAUGCAAAAGGAUUCCUUGCAAGAUACUACUUCGUGCUAUGAGAAAAUAUUUUAUGGCCAUUUACUGAAAAAAUUUCGCCAGCCCAACUUUGCUAGAAAACUAUGCAUUUAUAUAUGGGGAGCUGUACUGGGUAUAAUUAUUCCAGUUACCAUAUACUACUCAGUCAUAGAAGCUACAGAAGGAGAAGAGAGCCUAUGCUACAAUCGGCAGAUGGAACUAGGAGCCAUGAUCUCUCAGAUUGCAGGUCUCAUUGGAACCACAUUUAUUGGACUUUCCUUUUUAGUAGUACUAACAUCAUACUACUCUUUUGUAAGCCAUCUGAGAAAAAUAAGGACCUGUACAUCCAUUAUGGAGAAAGAUUUGACUUACAGUUCUGUGAAAAGACAUCUUUUGGUCAUCCAGAUUGUACUAAUAGUUUGCUUCCUUCCUUAUAGUAUUUUUAAACCCAUUUUUUAUAUUCUACAGCAAAAUGAUAACUGUCAGCAACUGAAUUAUUUAAUAGAAACAAAAAACAUCCUCACCUGUCUUGCUUCAGCCAGAAGUAGCACAGAUCCCAUUAUAUUUCUUUUAUUAGAUAAAACAUUCAAGAAGACACUGUAUAAUCUCUUUACAAAGUCUAAUUCAGCACAUAUGCAAUCAUAGGCUUGACUUUUGAAUGGAAAACCCACAAUAUAGAAAAGUAUUCCUGUGACUUUAUUAGGGAUGCUAAACUACAUCAUUAACAUGUCACAACUUAGAUGACAAUAGUCACCAAGAAAAUCUCUUUGGUUUUUAAAAACAAAUAAAUAUAUAUUCAUAAAACUC